AUGGCAGAGUAUGUUGCUAAGUUUGAGACGAUGGUGAAGUUUUGUUCCUAUUACAACCGUGUUGAUGCUAAGACUUCCAAAUGUCUUAAGUUUGAGAAUGGGCUGAGACUAGAGAUCAAACAAGGUAUUGGAUACCAACAUAUUCGUAGGUAUGUUGAACUGGUGAAUAAGAGUAGAAUUUACAAUGAGGAUAACAGAGCCCGAUCUGCUUAUUAUAAGAGUCAUAGUGAGAAGAAAGGGAAGGGACAAUUUCGAGGGAAACCUUAUGUAACUCCAGCUGACAAAGGGAAGCAAAAGGCUUCAGAUGGGAAGAAGACAAGUGGGGGAGGAGCUCCCACUUCUAUCAAGUGCUUCAAGUGUGGCAAUCUGGGCCACUAUGCUAAUGAAUGUAAUAAUAAGGUUCUGAGAUGUUACAAUUAUGGAAAAACGGGCCACCGUGUUGCAGAGUGCAAGAAUGAUGGUCCAACUUGUUAG